UGACUGGAAAGAAAUUAUAGAAUCCGAUGAUUUAACAAAUAAAGAAAAGUUUGAUAUAAAGAGUAAAUUCAUCAAUGCAGACAGUAUAAUUAAAGAAAUAUCGCUAAAAUCCUUAUCUAAGCAAUAUUGCAGCAUAUUAAUUGAUGUGAAAGAAAUAGUAAAAAGCCUUGAGGGUGUUAUCGACACUGAAAAUAGUUUGAAAUUGUAUAGUGGACUUGAUAAAUUUAUAAUACCCACUUCUUAA